AUAAAAUUUUCAGUGAUUAAUGAAAGUUUAUUCGUCACUAAAUCAGUCGGAAUUCCUAAAUCUAUCAUUCACAGUUUAUUGCUCUUUUAUAGAGGGAAAUAUGCCAUUAAAAAUAUCCUAAAAUUAUGGUGAAAAAUCUCAAAAUUAUUAUGACUAUACACCGUGAGGUUCUAAUCUAAUCAAUUUCUUAUCAAUUCCGCGCGCACACUACAAAAUUUAAUACAAAGAUAUAGAUUGGUGAAAAAUUAUGAGACAUACCUACGUACAAUUUGAGAUUUGAUAAAGCGAGGAUUAUAUAAAAAUAGGAAAAUUGACGGGGGUUUUCAGUAUUGUGAGAAAAGUCUCAAAUUUAGUUGCUUUUAGUGGAGUGAAUUGAAGGCAUAAGAAGAUGGCUACAACAUUUUCCGGUCAAUUGGCUUGUCCUGUGGAAUUCGGGCAGAUUUUCGUUAUAUCCGGGAAGUCUCUCUGCACUGCUGAUCGUAUUAAUGUGAACUUGGCAGCAGAUAAAUUCCAUGGAAUCAUCCCUUUUCAUCUGUCCAUAAGAUUUGGGGAGCAUGUUGUGGUGCGGAAUAACAAGACUGGGCCGAACUUUAUUUAUGAGCAGGAAGAACGAUCGCCAGGAUUCAAUGGCAUGAUGAAUCCUUUUGUGCCAGGAGAGGAGUUUAAGAUUUACAUCUUCGUGGGUACGGAUCGCUUCCACAUUGGUUUGGAUAAUCAGGCUUUUGGGGAAUUUAUGUUUCGUGCUCCUCUCAGUCAAAUUUCGGUGAUUCAAGUGUACGAAGAUGUGGAGUUUAUUUAUCAAGUUGAUCACCGCAAAGCUUACCCGUCACCCUAUCCACCUCUUCAGUUUCACCUCCCAGGAAUGACCUUCUCCAAUGACCUCCCAAUUCCCUAUAGGAUUGGGCAUGUGGUGGUAGUGAAGGGAAUUGCACAAGGUAAUCCACAAGGACAAUUUACAAUUAGAUUCCUCGUUGGGCAUACGGAGAAGCAGGCUCUUCACUUCAAUGUGAGAUUCCCAGCAGGAGUUGUGGUCAGGAAUCACACGGUUAAUAAUAAUGCUGAGUUCAAUUAUGACGAAGAGGAGAGACAUGGAGGAUUCCCAUUCCAAAUUCAUCGUACCUUCAAGAUUGCUUUUGGUUUUGGGCAUGUGGGAUUUAGGAUUGCUGUGAAUGGAAAAUUCUUCUGUGACUACUCCUACAAAGGACAGUGGAAUACAUUUACGGGGAUUAAGUGUUCAGGAAAAGAUGGGAUGACUGUCCAUAUUACUGAAGUUGAUCAUCAUGCUCGUGAUUCAUCUCUCUGUAACUUUGAGGAACUCUCCAGCUUCUAAGAAAACUUGGAAAUCCUGAAAUUAUAAAUCAAGUGAUUUUUUUUAACGAAAAAGAAGGAAAUUAAUAAAUUUAUUACAUUAUACUGACUUUA